AUGAAUGCGAUUUAUCUAGUUCUAUCUCUAUGCGUUUUGCAAGUGCAUUCAAUGGCGCUCACGGGACCAGUUUUAACAAGAUACCGGCCGUGCGAACUUGGAGUGAUUCAUUUCGACAAAAUAACAGAUUUGCUUUGGAGAGGCGAAAUUGAUCUGGAAUUGUAUCAUAAGUUAGAAAGUGUUGAAAUUGAAAUUGGCUUCGAAAAACAAAUUGGGCUCGUUGGGGUAUCGCAUAACAGUACUAUUAUUAUCACCAACAAAUCACACAAUUUUGUAUUCAAACCUAAAGGCGUUAUUCCCAAGAAGUAUUAUUUAUUUACAUCAAUCAAUGGAAGCACAACACUUGAAGUACCCGUCGUAACCAACUUCAGACUGAAUAAUAUGACUCUGUGCAAUGAGCUUGUUAAGGCUGCGCUAACUGUAGAUUCCUUAGACGCUACGAAGCCAAAUGAUAAAGAUUUGCUACAUUACUGUGGAAGGAGACCCAUGGAACAUGGUGAGGUGACUUCAAUGAGAACCGAUUCUAAAUCUGGCGAUUGGCCGUGGCAUGUAGCAAUUCUAAUAAGAAGACCAGAUACGAACCUUGCCAAUUAUCAGUGUGGAGGAAGCGUUUUAUCCAGGACUGCAAUUCUAACGGCUGGCCACUGCAUGUUCCUAAAUGAAAAUCAAAUUGAAACAAGACGAAUCGUCAUUCAAGCCGGCAUUUCAGAUCUAAGAAACGUGAAUGAGACUGGACGACAAACAUUAAACGCUGAGAGAGUAAUUCUGCAUCCGGGUUACAGCAUAGAGCACGCUACUUCAGACCUUGCUAUUGUAGUUGUAAAUAAACUGCACUAUACUGAAUACGUCCAACCCAUUUGUAUUUGGGGGCCAGUGUACGACAAAACUACGCUUUUUGGCAAGCGGGCUGUGGUGGCAGGAUUUGGUACGACUGAACACAAUGUACUCUCCGAUACUCUUAGAGCCACUGACACAGUGAUCCAGAACGACACAACUUGUAUUGCAUAUUCGCCAAAUUUGUAUUCGAAAUUGCUUAAUGAAUUUACAUUCUGUGCCGGCUUCGGUCCUAAUGCCGGUAUUAAUCCUAGAAACGGAGACAGCGGAGGUGGUUUAACGUUUCCAACUAUGCAACCCGACCAUAAAGUGAGUUGGUUCCUUCGAGGUGUAUUAUCCAAGUGCGGCUUAUUAACUGGUCAAAAACUUUGUGAUCCAAAAUUCUAUGUCGUAUAUACGGAUGUCGCCCCUCAUUAUGGUUGGAUAUAUCACAAUGCUGGCUUACGAUACUCUAGUAAUGCUAUUUCA